ACCAGAAAGAGGAAGGCAUUUAAACUACCGACCUAAUCAAACGAUCCUCAUUUCCGUCCGUUACUCGGCUCAGUAGUGAUUGCGCGUGUUGAAAACUAGUGCAAGUUGUCAUACUACAGCCAUGCGUUCCCCGAGGAAUACCAAUACAUUCUACAAGGCAGAUACCAAAACAUGGAUAGGAAGCCGGACGCCUCCCCUCUACAACCCCAACCAGUCGUUGGGUGAGUUAAUUCUUGCGAUCUUGAAGAAAACUCCAACGAAAAUAACGCAAAUCAGUGCCGAUAGUGGCGCCAAAGUGACCUGCUCGGAAAUGCGCCUCCGGUCAAUUCGCAUUGCGCAGAACUUAACCGCUAUGGGUUACACGCAGCAAGACGUAUUUGCUAUGGCUGUUCGGAACGGAGAGUUAGUGGCGCCAACCAUUUUUGCAUGUUUUGCUUUGGGAAUACCGGUGAACACUUUGGACGGUACCUUCAAACACGAUGAAUUUAGCCCCAUGCUAGAAAACAUCAAACCGAAGCUGAUUUUCUGCGAUCAGGAGUCGUUAGCGGAAAUGCAGUUGGCAAUCAAAUUGGCCGCCAUUGAUCCGGUAGUGAUAGUGUUUGGUGAAAAGGUAGAUGGCUACCUCCACAUAGAGCAACUGAUCAAACCGACAGGAAGGGAACAUGAGUUUAUUCCUGUACAUUUAGAUGACGCCUCGUCAAAGUUAGCCAUUAUAAUUUGCUCUUCCGGAACAACUGGGCGCUCGAAAGGUGUUUGCUUAUCUCACUCGAUAUGCAUCGCCAGCAUGGCAUCAAUGCUUGACUAUGAACCGACCGACAUAACACUUGCCUUUAGUUCACUGUACUGGUUGUCGGGCCUUGCUUUUCUUAUCCUUGGUACGGUUAGUGGGGCGACGCGUAUCAUCGUGCGACAACCGUUUGAGCCUGCAUUGGCUCUGAGUAUCAUUGAACGGUAUCGUGUCAGUGCCGCUUUCUUUCCUCCUGCCAACGCAGUCGCUUUGCUGAAACAUCCACGGAUGGCGACCACGGAUCUAUCCAGUAUUCGAUUAUGGCUUUCCGGAGGUGCUAUGGUUUCUACUGAAAUGAAACGGUCAUUCGAAGCUCUUACGCCUACCGCUAGUUUCAUCAUUGGUUAUGGAAUGUCAGAAGUGGGAGGACUGGUUGCUUUAUCCGAUGAUGAUAGCUACAAAGAUGGGAGCACUGGAUAUCUCAGGGCAUCAUGUCAGGCAAAAGUGGUUGAUAAUGCAGGAAACGUUCUGGAUAUUGGCCAGGAGGGGGAAAUUUUGGUCAAACUGGACUACAUUUUCUCAGGCUAUUAUGGAAACACAAAAGCUACGGCAGAGAUGUUAGAUGAUGCUGGAUGGUUGCAUACCGGAGACAUUGGCCGAUUUGACGAAGAUGGGAUCUUAUUCAUACUAGACCGUAAGAAAGAUAUCAUCAAGUAUAACAAUUAUCAAAUUUCGCCAAGUGAGAUAGAAAGAUUUAUACAGCAAAUACCCGGAGUAGCCAAUGUAUCUGUGGCAGGAGUUCCAGUGCCCGGCAAUGAACUUCCAGCAGCCUUGGUCGUUAAAACGUCUACGGCUCGCAUUACAGAGGAUGAUAUUCACCAAACUGUGGAGCGCAAUCUUAGCAAUUAUAAACAAUUGCGGGGUGGAGUGUACUUCACCGAGGCUUUACCGAUGACACCUUCCGGAAAAGUGGUGCGUCGAAAGUGCUUAGACAUCAUGGUUCAAUUGUACAAUAAUGUUAACGCAUUGAAGUGAAUGUGUAACGGUCUACGCCGUAUUUCAUUUUCUUGAAAAUUUAUUUAAUUUAAUUGUUUUAAUUUUUUUUAUCAUAUAAAAAAUGUG